AUGACCCCCGGUCGUGGAGGCCUGACCCCCGGAUCGUCCGCGGCUCCCGGGUCGGCGAUGGGAGGGAAGACUCCGGGAUCCGUACGAGACAACCUGAGCAUCAACGCUGAGGAGGAGCAGCUGCACGGGCGUGACGGGCUGAGACACGGCCUCGCCGGACUGCCGAAGCCGAGGAACGACUACGAGAUCGUGAUCCCGGAGGGCGAGGCCGCCGCGGCGACGGGAGAGGAGGAGGACGAGGCGGUUGCCGGGGGUUACGUCGAGGAUGCGGCCGACACUGAGUCGAGGAGGGCAUCCAAGCAGGAGGCUGAACGUGCGAGUGAGAUGAAGAAGAGAUCGCAGGCUGUGCAGAGGGACCUGCCCCGCCCCCAGGAUGUCAAUCAUGCCGUAGCUGAGACCAGGCUAACCUUGACACGCCCCUCACCGACCUACAGAAGGCAGAGGAGGGACUGAUUAAGAGAGAGAUGAUCAUACUGCAGCACCACGAUCCACGCCGCCCACGCUCCCGCCGCCAUAGCAAGUGAACGCCGCGCCGGGUGGCAUCCGUGGCAGCCCCAUUGCAGCGAGCUCAGCACCUGCGUACCUGAGGGGCAUCCGUACGAACACAUUGCUCCCGGACACGAGCUGC